AUGAUGAUACAUAUUUUUGGUUGGUAUACUUGUCAAGAAAACUACUACUUAACACAAAAAACAAAAUGCCUUCUCUGUUCUUAUUCCUGUAUAACUUGUUAUUAUGGAACAUCAGGUGAUUGUUUUAAUUGUAACAGUGGCUAUUACAUGUCCAAUUUGAGCACCUGUUCGACUUGUCAUAGUUGGUGUUCAACUUGUUAUGGUGGUUCAAAUACCCAGUGUUUUACUUGUAAAACUGGGUAUUUUUUACAAGGUACAAACACAUGUUUGCAAUGUGACUCAACCUGUUCAAUGUGUUCUGGAUCUCUAACAACCUGUUUAACAUGUAAAUGUUAUUAUUAUUUGUCUGGUAACACAUGUAUCAAAUGUGAUUCAUCGUGUGGAACUUGUAAUGGUACAAACCCGAACAAUUGUAUAUCAUGCUUGUCCAAUUAUGUUUUAUCAAAUGGCUAUUGUUUCAAGUGUGAUUCAUCGUGUUAUACUUGUAAUGGUCCUGAGCCAAAUAACUGCUUGUCUUGUUUACAUUCAAUAAGUACGUCUAAUGGAUAUUGUUUAAAGUGUGAUUAUCCAUGUUUUAGAUGUGAAGGUAUUGUUUCAAACGACUGUAUAGAUUGUUUUAUUCAUAUCUAUUUAAAAGAUAAUUAA